UCAAACUUCCAAUUUGGCAAUUCUUAUAUUUGUUUACGUUGAAGCAUCAUUUCUGAUUGUGAGAAUCAAAUACUCACUUUUUAAAAAAAUAUAAAAUAUCACUGCACGAAUUUUACUGUAUUUUUUUUUAAUAAUUUAUCAAUUCAACUAACUGUGGAUAAUUAAAUUUGCUACACUAUUUGUGUCGCAAAUUUAAUUAUGCGAGAAUUUUAAAAUUGACAAGAAUUUAAUAACAAAUUUUAAUGUUUGUGAAGAAGACUUUUUCAUUUGGAAGAAUUCUUAUCUUGCAUGAUAAUGCAACAAGCUCAAGAAAAUUCAACAUUUAAUGAUGAUCUCAUAAGCAGUGAGGAAGCCGAAGAAUUGGAAAAAAAAUACGUAAACCAGGUGUAUGAGAAAAUUGCGGAUCAUUUUUGCUCGACCCGAUAUAAAGCAUGGCCUAAAGUGGCAGAAUUUCUUCAAAACAUUCCGCCUGGUUCUCUUAUUUUUGAUAUUGGAUGUGGAAAUGGAAAAAAUAUGAAUCACAGCAUUGGAUGUUACGAGAUUGGUUGUGAUGCCUCAUAUAACUUAUCAAAACAUUGUUCUGGAAAAAGUGAAGUUUUAGUUGCAGAUUGCUUAAAACUUCCUUUUCGAGAUGAUUGUGCUGAUGUAGUUAUCUGCAUUGCUGUUAUACAUCACAUGUCAACAAAGGAACGGAGGAAGAAAGCAAUACAGGAAAUAUUGAGGGUUCUUCAUCCAAAGGGACAAUGUUUAGUAUACGUAUGGUCAAUGAAGCAAGAGGGUCCCAAGGGAUCAUCUGCUUAUUUAAAAAAAUCUAGAGAACCUCUUUCAAUUUUAGAAUCCAAAGUUGAAGAAAUCAAACUUUCUAAUUCAAGAACUAUACAGAUGCCUGUGCAUAAGAAUCGGACAGAAUUUAGCAGUAAAGAUAUAUUGGUACCAUUUAAAUCGGGUGACAAGGUUGAACACAGGUUUUAUCACCUUUUCCAAGAAAAUGAACUUGAAGAUUUAAUUAAGGAUUGUGGAUCAAAUAUUAUAAAAUCUUAUUAUGAUGAUGGUAAUUGGUGUGCAGUGUUUGAAAAAUAAAUAUUUGUUCCUCCUU